AUGGACCGAGACCCUCUCGGAUUUUUCGUGAGCUUGGCCUUGAGGGAUAUGAUACGUCCUCGAGAGGCACUGACUAUCAGUGAAUUUGGCGGGUUCCGUGGUGGUACCAUCGAUGUAACCCAGAAGAUUAAACCCAAUAAGUGUGGAGUGGACUUAACGUCUCCACACUGGAAAAUUUGUGGUAUUGAGUUUAAUGGGAAAGGACCUCCAAGUCUACCUAGUCUCCUCACCAAAUCAAAAUUGCUCAUUUUCAAUCUACCUUUUGCUUUCCUUCUCAAUUAUCAUCCAAGAUCGAAAUCAAUCGCCGCAAUUCCUAUGGAUACUAUAGCUGGACCAUUUGGAUACAGCGGUGGGGAUUUUUGGAGUUUCCGACCUGUAAACAAGAUAAACCAGAUACUCAUUCACUAUGCCUCUGGUAACAACCCUAUUGCCCUAACUUUUUCUAGCACUAAAGAUGAUGGUUCAAAGGAUACAAUCACAGUAGGAGGAACAGGACCAGAUCGCAUCGUUAACACUGAUACGGUGAAUAUUGAUAACGCGGAUGAAUACUUGGUUCAUAUAAGUGGAACGUUUGGAAUUUACCUGGAUAACAAUGUCUUACGUUCAAUAAAGUUCACUACCAAUUUGAAAGACUACGGGCCUUUUGGCCCCAAUGUUGGAGAGCCAUUCAGUCCUGUGCGUGUCGUUCCCAAUAAGAUUGUUGGAUUCCUUGGUCGCUCUGAAUUCUAUAUUGAUGCUAUUGGUACUUAUAAUUCUAAUAAGUGAUUAUAUUAUCGAUCUAUCGUCACUCUCAAGCUUAAUGCUCCAUUGGAACACGUCUAUGUGUUGGUUGUUGAAUAAGUUCCAAAUGGUUUGAAUAACGUUGUAUUAAGUGUUGCUUGUUUUAUGUUUGUCAAAUGUCCUUUAAUGUAUGAUGAUAUUUGUUGAGAGUCGUCAA